AUGGCUGAUAUUGGAAACUUCCGUGUGCGAUUCGCUACAAAGCCAAACGAGUAUCUCGACAUCGUUGAUGCGAAGGCAGCAAUGUUAAAACACGCUUUUAGCAGAGCGGAACCAUGGCGAACUGAUCGUGCGUUUCGACGAUACGAAUCCUUCAGAAGGAAGCAACGAGUAUGUCGAUAA